AUGAGGGGAGGCAGGGAUGGAGCCGCACUCGUGACAGCGUGCCGAGCGCUCACGCGCAUCCCUCCUCCCGCCGAGAUGCAGCAGGGCCGGCCAUCCCUCUGCUGCGUCUCCACCAUCCGCAGCUCUCAGGGACCACCCGAGCCAGCCGCCGCUGCCGCCUCUGCUCACUUCAGCUUCUGCCGCAGCCUCCUGGAGCACACGGUGUCGGCCGAGAACCUGAGCUACCGCCUGCAGCGCUCGGCGGGCAGCAGCCUCACCUGGCACGACGGCCGCAGCCAACGCCCCGACGGCGCCCGCACCGUCAAGCUCCUGCGGCAGCCGGGCACCGAGGGCUCGCAGGUCCGUGGCUGUGACCACUAUGGCAUCUACCACACCAGCCCCACGCUGGGCAGCCUGGUCAAGCCAGUGGUGCUGUGGACCCAGCAGGAUGUGUGCAAAUGGCUGAAGAAGCACUGCCCACACAACUAUCUCAUCUACGUGGAGGCGUUCUCCCACCACGCCAUCACAGGCCGGGCGCUGCUGCGGCUGAACGGGGAGAAGCUGCAGCGCAUGGGGAUCGCGCUGGAGACGCAGCGGCAGGAGCUGCUGCAGCAGGUCCUGCAGCUCCAGGUGCGCGAGGAGGUCCGCAACCUGCAGCUGCUCAGCCAAGAUUGCACCAACACUGUGAACCGAGCUCCGCUGGGAUGGGCUGUGCAUCGCCGAUACGAGACCUGAGCCACAGGCUUGGAAUAAGAAGAGACAGCUUCCCAGACACUCCAGGGCUCCUCUCCCGCUUCUUCCUUCUCUUUCUUUUAAAGGAAUACAUUCCUGUGAAGGGGUGGAAGGUUUCUUCCAGCAGACAUGGCUCUUGGCUGGAGGAAAAUCAGCAAACCAGCUGCUGGGACAGAUGAUGAACUUCCAUCCACCUGAGCCUGAUGGUUCACAGGGAAAGAGAUGGAAAAAAGGAGAUGGCAAAAGGCAGGGCUCAGCACUGUGGAGAAAGGGAACGCCGUGAUUCCAGGGACAGCUCAGAGCCAUGUGCAGGACAUUGAAGCAUUAUGCACUUGGGCAACAUCCCAGCACCCAGCAACUCGUGUCCAUGCCUCGGAGCCUAUUUAGGGAGCUUUGGUUUCCUCAUCAGACUGGGCUGCCUUCCAGCGUCCGGGGAGGUGACGUUAUCAGUAGCAAACAAGAUGAUACAACCAGACAAAAAAUUCAAAGCGGGGCCAAGACCCCAGCACCCAGCUCCACUUGGUGAGUUAAAAAGGGAGCUGAGUCAUCAGAGCUGGAAAAUCUGCAAGUAAAAGCAGGUUGGGUAUACCAGGAGCCAUGGCCUGGAGGAAGCUGUGCCAAGAGCUCAUCCUUCAUCCGCUGGCAGAGCCCGUGCAGAGGCUGGGGGGAGCAGGGAGGGUGCUGCUGGCUGGUUGUGGGGGCUGCCCAGGGUGGGGCUGGGGUAACACGGGGUUCCAGGUCUUCCCCAGCUCCUGUGCCUAGUCCUGCUCUGCUCCAUGCUCCCACCAGCUCUGCAGAGCUCUGCUCAUCCAGGCAUUGGCAGGUUCCUGUCCUGACCUCCUGCCCAAGGGCUGGCGAUGGUGCCACCAAAGCCAGGCACCUUCCUCAUGACCUUCACCAUCAUUACAGAGAAAGUGUUUGCUGUCAGGCCCCCAUCUCCCAAAUUCUCCCAUACAGAGCUACAGACUGCCCUUGUGGACAGAUAAGGAAAAUCCAUGUGUAAAUCAGGAUUUUUGGCCAGGGUGGAUGCUGUCACCUCCCCACAUUCCACCUCAAGUGGUGAGGGUAGGGCUGUGGGGGUCCAAAAACAGCAGCACCUCAAAACCCCUGGGGCACUGGGAUGUGGGGGCAGGUCAUGGUGCUCCCUGGCCAGGCAUCCUCCAGCCUGCUUCUCCACUGGUAAUAAAUUAGAGACUGUUAUUUUAACUCUCUGCUCUUCUGGCUCUUCCCAUACCUGAACCUGCCCUCUGAGUUUGGUCCCUCCAGUCCUUCCUGGGGAUGCUCAGGAGAUGUCUACAGCCC